AUCCAUAUUAGGAAUUACAAAGGCGUGGUUGUGGAGGAAAAACCCAAUGAAAAAAGCGUACAUUAUACGUACAAUUUCGAUACACACCAAUGGUUGUUGUGUAGGUGGGGUUCGCUGGUAAACACAAGGUAGCCGGUUGAAAUCGUCGUAGCACCAAGCCCCGGGGCGGAGAACUGGUGGGUGAACGACAGAGCGGAGAGUUAUUCGGGGUUAGCAUAUUCCGCUUUGGGGGGGUAGGGGAGGACAUACUCACUGCCAACCCGGCGACGAGGUUGGGCCUGUGGUACCUACCGCCCAGGAAGAAAAAACAUGGAGCUCGAGAAUAUCGUGGCCAACACCGUUUUGCUCAAAGCGAGAGAAGGAGGCGGUGGAAACAGAAAAGGAAAGAGCAAGAAAUGGAAACAGAUGCUACAGUUCCCUCACAUAAGCCUCUGCGAAGAGCUGCGUCAGACCAUAGAGAAAGACUACCACAGCCUUUGUGAGAAGCAGCCAAUCGGAUGCAUGCUGUUCCGGCAGUUCUGUGACACCAGGCCCGAGCUGAGACGCUGCGUCAAAUUCCUGGAUGCUGUGGCGGAGUAUGAAGUCACUCCUGAUGAGAAGAGAAAGGCGUGUGGGCAGGAACUGAUAGACACAUACUUCAACCCAAAGUCUGACGAUCACGUUCCUGAGAUUGUGGAGGAGAUGGUGAGAAAAUGUGCGGAGAGGCUGGAGCAGGAGGCGUGCAAGGAGCUCUUCAAGGAGUGCACCAAACUGAUCCAUGACUAUCUGAGCGUGGCCCCCUUCGCUGACUACCUCGACAGUAUGUACUUCAACCGAUUCCUGCAGUGGAAGUGGCUGGAGAGACAACCAGUAACAAAGAACACAUUCCGGCAGUACAGGGUAUUGGGGAAGGGAGGCUUUGGUGAGGUAUGUGCGUGCCAGGUCCGGGCCACAGGGAAGAUGUAUGCCUGCAAGAAGCUGGAGAAAAAGAGAAUCAAGAAGAGGAAAGGAGAGUCGAUGGCACUGAAUGAGAAACAGAUAUUGGAAAAAGUAAACAGCAGAUUUGUAGUGAGUCUAGCAUACGCCUACGAGACAAAGGAUGCCCUCUGCCUCGUCCUGACUCUAAUGAAUGGGGGGGACCUCAAGUUCCACAUCUACCACAUGGGGGAGGCCGGCUUCGAGGAGAAGAGAGCCAUCUUCUAUGCCGCAGAACUGUGCUGCGGGCUGCAGGACCUUCACAAUGAGAGAAUAGUCUACAGGGACCUGAAGCCUGAAAAUAUCCUGCUAGAUGACCAUGGUCACAUCCGAAUAUCAGACCUGGGCUUGGCGGUCCAUGUGCCAGAAGGGCAAACCAUAAAAGGGAGGGUGGGCACUGUGGGCUACAUGGCCCCGGAGGUGGUGAAGAACGAGCGGUACACCUUCAGCCCGGACUGGUGGGCCCUGGGCUGCCUGCUGUACGAGAUGAUCGAGGGCCAGUCGCCCUUCCAGCAGCGCAAGAAGAAGAUCAAGAGGGAGGAGGUGGAGCGGCUGGUCAAGGAGGUGGAGGAGGAGUACUCGGGGAAGUUCUCGGAGGACGCCAAGUCCCUCUGCAAGAUGCUGCUGGCCAAAGACCCCAGCGUGAGGCUUGGCUGUCAGGGGGGAGGAGCCUCUGAGGUGAAGGCCCACCCCCUCUUCCGCUCCAUCAACUUUAAGAGGCUGGAGGCAGGCAUGCUGGAGGCUCCCUUUAUCCCUGACCCCCAGGCCAUUUACUGUAAGGAUGUGCUGGACAUCGAGCAGUUCUCCACUGUCAAGGGCGUUGAGCUGGAGCCCAAAGACAACUCCUUCUACAGCAAAGUGUCCACAGGCAGCGUGCCCAUCCCCUGGCAGAACGAGAUGAUUGAGACAGAGUGCUUUAAAGAGCUCAACGUGUUCCAUACGGACGGGACCGUGCCCCCAGAUCUGGACUGGAGGGGCCAGCCAUCCCCCCCACCUAAACAGGGGCUGCUGCAGAGGCUUUUCGGAAGACAGGACUGCUGUGGGAACUGCAGUGACAGUGACGAGGAGCCCACGAGACUGUGAGAGCCAGUCCUGCUGAGAGCAGCCCUAGCACCACAGAGGAUCCAAUUUGUUUACAAUUUUUGCACAUUUGUAUUUUUAAGAUAGUUCUAUAUAAAUAUGGGAAUGUAUAUUUUCAGUAUAUAGUCAUACAGUAAAUGUUAUUUAAAACUAUGAAAAAAAAAAGUCACGACACCAUCUGUCUCCUCACUUGAGGUAUGGCAGCAGCAGGUAGGUCAAACCAGCUAGGUCUCCUCCACUCUCUCUCUGAUUUCUCUGAUACAGUCAGUACUGCAGUCCUUUUUUUCUUGUAAUUUGUGUUUUUUUUUUUAAGAAUCCGUACUUUUCAAUUCCAAGUGUCAUUUACUUUCACACAUGGCUUUUUUUUUCAAAAAAGAUCAAUAUGAAAUUAAAAGAAAGGACAUUCAUUUAUUAAG